AUUUUAUUUGUGCAUUGCCUUUCCCACAUGUGAACGCUCAUUGUUAAGGAGCAUAACGUUUGAGCAUUGUAGCUGAAGACACUUUAAAUAUUAAAGAAAUAUUCAGUAAAUAUGAAACACGUAUCUACAAAAAUGGAAUUCAAACGGUUGCGCUUCUUUUUUUUAGUUUGUUUAUUCUUAACACCAACUGUUUCUGAACCGGUUUGUUCUAAAUUUGCAUAUGAAGAACAACUCCUGGAGAAAAUGGUUAGAGUGGAAUUCAAUGUUGGACAGAUGGAAAAGGAAAUAAAGAAUACCAACAGUCUCGUUCUGGAAUCGUUAAAGCAAUUGAAACAAAAUUGGGAGAAAGUAGUCGAGGAAUCCGAAGCGCUGAAAACUGAAGUCAGGAAAGUGUUGAAUGAUAAUGAAGUGAAGGCAUCGAAGACAAUCAAAGAUCUAAGAGCAGGAACGGCAAAGACACUUGAAGAAUACGACAACAAAAUAAAGGAGUUUGGAGAGGCAGCUGUGGUACCAAAUAUUGCAUUUAAAGCCAGAACCCCUUCCUCACUUGACCCAGACGACAAUGCAGUGAUUGUGUUCACCAAGAACAUUGUAAACAUUGGAAACGCCUAUGACAACACUACAGGGAUAUUUACAGCUCCUAUAGAUGGAACAUAUCUUUUUACAAGUCAUCUGUGCCUCAGUUCCGGAAAGUCUAUUACAUUCGGAAUCUAUAUUGAAGAUACUGUAUAUGCUAUGAGCAGAUACUACGGAAAUGGAGUAAGCGAUAUGAUUUGUUUUAACGUCGAAACAACGGCUGUCUUGAAAGCUAGUCAGACGGCUUCAGUAAGAAGCUGGAGUGCGACCGCAGGAGAAAUACUGGUGGAAUCGAACACAGACCGAUGGAACAUGUUUUCUGGAACUUUGAUACAUAUGUAACUGUACUACAGUAAUAUGUAGAUCGUCAUGUUUUUGGAAAUUGGAAUGUUUGCAUACUCUCAGUUUAUGUUGUAUUUUGCUGCUUACGAAACUGUAUACCUUUGUUUGUAUUAGUGUUAAAUUUAUUAGUUAGUUCUAA